AUGGAUUCAAUAAAUGGAGCAAUAUAUUGCAAAGAAUAGCCGCUCUUUGAAGAAUAUUUUCCAAAGAAGGACUUCUUUCAAAUAUUUUACAACAAAGGUACUCGGUGCAUGAUAUUCAGAUAGAAAAAGACAGUCUUUUAGAUAUCUAUUGACAAUCAGAACAUCAGCAAAAUGAAUAUACCUUAUGAGGGACCAAUAUAUGAUUUGUAGAUUCACAAAAAAGAAAGAUAUAUGGCUUAUUCUAUUGCUCAUAAUCUUCUAAGCAUUGUUCACUUGAAAGGAUAGGAAGGCAAAGAAAAUAAGCUAAAAACAAGCAAAGAUGAUAAGAUGGAUCCUAUAAUCCAUUUUGAGUGGAUAUAUGGAAGUUAAAGGAAUGUGGAUUUUGUUUUAUGUAAGCAAAGCGGGGUUGUUCUUUAUAAGCUUGACCACGAUAAGCACUAAUUAAAGGAAUAGAAAAUAAUUAAUUUAGAUAUCAGUGCAUGCUGGUUCGAUCCAUUUAAUGAAGUUUUGUGUUGUGCUAAUAAUUACGAAGAUGGAAAGAUUUAUCCUUUUUAUUUCAAUGAAAAAAGAUAAAGUUUUAAAUAUAGAGGAGUUGAUUUCAAAGUUGAAUCAAGCAAAAAAGACUAAGGAGUUGAAAAAACUAAAUCCCAAUCUUCUUCGGUCAUUAAUUUCUUUACUAAGCAAUUAAAUAAAUUACAGUCGAAAUUCGAUAUUGUAAACUUUGUUACAAUCGGGGACAAUAGAAAUAAAGAGCUUACUUUGAUUCCACGUGAUCCUGACGUAUGUCAUAAGAUAUCUUUAGUAGUUUUAUAUGGAAAAACAUUUUUAGCAUACUUGAAUCCCUAUUACAAUAAGAUUUUUCUUUAUUAGUUAAGCUAUGAAAAAGUUACUCUAUGCGAAUUUAAUUUAGUUUCUCCAUCCGAAACAGGAAUCCGUUUUAGUGUUGCUGACAAUCUUUUAAUUAUUCAUUCAACAACAGAAAAUUUAUCUUUAGUGUAUGAUGUUCGCAGUAGAACAUCUGUUUAUUAAAUAGGUCCACCUUAGUGCUUAGAAAUCAGGCAAGAUCGUAAUUUUUCUAGAAAAAAUACAAUCGUUUUAGCUAUGCUUAAAAGCAGAAAUGAAUAAGAAGAUGAUGAAGAAGAUGAAGAAGAAUAAACAGUAGAAAAUGAAAGAUAUGCGUAAUCUGUAAAAGAAGAUCCCAGAUUAAGUGAACAAAUCAACAAUUAGCAAGGAAAUCAGUUAACAGGAAAAGUUUACAGACAAACUGAAAAUCCACAACUAUUGAGCCAAAAUAGUCAUCAUAAUGAACAUUACAACAACCAACAUAAUCAGCAAUAGCAUCACCAUCAUCACAGUAAUAAUAGUAACAAAAGUGGUAGAAAAUAAUCUGCAGCUGUAAGAGCGGUUAAGCAUCCUGAUUUAAGCAAAUAAACAAGUAAUUAAGAAUCUAUUCAAAGCAACAAAAUUAACUAAAAGACACAAUAAAAUAAUGAUUAUAUUUCAUAUUAAACUUAAGAUAGCACUAGCACAAAUAUUUUUGAUGACAUAAAAUAACCACAAUAAAACGAUUUGAUGAAUAAGAGUGUUGAAGUUAAUAUUUUAGAUUAAGAAUCAAAAGAUAUUUCUGCUUUAAACAAUAUAAAUGACGAAUCUCAUUUUAAUUUAUCACCUUAAAGAAAAAAAUAGUCACUUCUUCUUGAGGAGGACAUAGCUGCAUAGGAUGAAUAAACAAAUUAAGCUUAGUAAUAAUACCAAACUAAUCAAUUUAAUUUUAUUGAUUAGUCAAGAGAAAUUUCUUAUAUUUCAAAUUAAAAUUUAAACAAUGAAAGCAAUUCAAAAAAUCAGUAGCAAAAUGAAAAUGAUACCUUUGAGAAGGAUUUAGAUUUACUAAAUUUCAAUACAACUAAUUUAUAAACUACAAAUGAAUAAACUGAAAAAGUAUGGGAUUCUUUAGUGCAAGCUGAUCCUAAAUACAAGUAAAGCAACUAUAACAUAUUUGAUUAAACAGGAACUGAGUCUAUAGGGUAACAAUCAUAAAAUAAUAAUCCUAUAGACUUGCUAGAUGAUGAUCAUUCAAAUUAAAAUAUUCAAAGUAAGAUGGUGUAAUCUUAAAUAAUAUCUUCUCAGCAACCUGAUUAAAUUUAUAGCGAAUAGGACUAUGUAGAAUUAACAGAAAAGCCUGAAAAUUAUUUAAAAAUCGAAAACAAGGGAUAAAUCUAUUAAUUAGAUAAGAAUGUCUUUACAGAAGAUGAGCUCAUAAUAAAUUGUAAAGAAAGAAAAUUCUGCACUAUUUUAGUGGAUAUAAAUAGAAUUGAGAAGCUGGCAACCGAUGAAAUUGAAGGAUUUAAUGUAAUUAUUAGAAGAGCAAAUAGCAAAUAAUAUGGACUUUAACAUCUAAGACAGCUAUUUUUGAAAAAUAAAGAUAUUAGAUAUUUUGGAUAAGUAUUUAACUAAAUUUUAUCAAAUUAUAAAAAGAAAUAUAGUUCAAAGACAAAGAAUAAGCCCUACGAAGUUAUUGAUACUGGUGAUUUAUAUUAUUUAUUCUUUUUACAUUUAUACACUAACUAAUAGACAAAUAAAAGUUAUUUAACUGAUAUUUUAUCAGAAUACAUUAAGCAGUCAACAGAGCUUGAAAUCCCAGUUGAAUCUAAAUUUUAGAAUUUAUUGGCAAAACUUCUUAUUGAACAACAAAAAUUUAAUACUUUUUUAUUCUUUGUUUAAUAUCGUAUUAUCACAGAUAACGAGGAUCUUGCACAAAUACUUAUUAGUAUGAAUUCAAAUACUGUUUUUAAGCAAGGAUUCUAACUUGGGCUUGAUAUGCUUUACAGACUCAAAAAAUAUUACAUCAUAAUUAAUAUAUUACUGAGGAGAGGACUCUUUUAGCAAGCUCUUGAUUUUAUGAGAAAAAACACAGUCAAUAAAAUAAAUUUAAAAGAGAUGAUAAAAAUCUUGCUUAGUUAAAACGGAGACAUGAAAAUAUAAUCAAUUAUAGAAUAUUUUAGAGAAAUUAUUAGUAAAAGUAGAGGAAAUGAAAAAUUUGGUUUUACUUAUCAAGAUUUCUUAGACGAACUUAGCUUUUAACAAUAAUAAAAUAAAUAUUAAUAAAUGUAUAAUCAAGUUGACUUAAUAUGA